AUGUUCCCUCUAUUUGUCCCUGACAAUGCCCAAGGUGCACGCCUAUCUGAAGAUGACCUGCGUAACAUCCGUGCCUUCAAUUUCAAGGUUGAUGCGCAGCUCGGUGGCCAAGAUUACGAGAAGCUGCGUCGCAGUAAGCUUGCCCCCAACCUUGAAACUCUUCAUCGCCUCCAGUCUCGCAUGGCUUUUCUGAGCGGCAUUAUGCCAGUCAAUUACCACUGCUGUCCUAACUCCUGUGUCUGCUACACCGGUGACUAUCAGCAGCUUGAUCAGUGUCCCCGAUGCUCGGAGGCUCGCUAUGACAAUCAAGGUCAGCCUCGCCACAUCUUCCAGUAUAUCCCCCUUAUCCCUCGCCUGUCCAAUCUCUUCCUUGAUCCCGAGUCAAUUCAGAAGAUGCGCUAUCGCAGCAAUUACGACACUCGCACUUCUGGGGUUGCUGACGUCUUUGAUGGAAAGCACUACCGUGGUCUCCUGAGCCAGCAUGUGCGUGUGGAUGCUGAGCAGCUUGGUCAUCGCUUCUUUGACCAGGCUAGUGACAUUGCACUUGCUUUGUCAACCGAUGGUGUAGGUCCAUUCAAAAGCCGGAAGAAGACUUGC